GGAAGAUAUUGGAAAGAUAAUUGCGCUUGUUAUGGCAGUGUAUGAUCGGUAUUUGUUGCUGUUGGAGGUGUAUAUCGCGUUAGCCGCUCCGGCUGUGCUAUUUGUGGAUGCACCGCACGGUAAGUUUCGUAAUCAAAGCCGAUUGUUUCGGAGUGGUUUUCUGCCUGGACGUUUCGGUUGGGUGCUAAUGGAACUGGUUGCUCCUACUACGUUUGUUUAUGGACUGAUUCUGAACGAAGGGUUCGGUCACGUCCAGUGGAACCCGAGAAUUGUUGUUUUGUGUAUGUUCUACCUAAUCCAUUACAUUAACCGCUCGCUAAUUGGGCCGCUUAUAUUUGCCCCGCAUAUAGCCCCAAUGCACGUGUCGGUGCUUAUCUCGGCUAUCGUCUUUAAUUACCUCAAUGCGAUGGGGAUGUCGGGCUAUCUAGUGUCCCUUAGUAAAGGAAACGAACGUGCUUCCACGACCCUGGCGUUUGUCGCAGGGCUUGGGUUGUGGGCCUUUGGAUUGUAUGGAAACGUGUUCCACGAUAACAUCCUCUACGAACUGCGACGUCAGAAGCUGCGGACUUCGUCGGCUCCUCAACAAGGAAACGAAAAUUCGGAGGUUAGCAGGGACGGUUACCGUAUUCCCUUCGGUGGCCUGUUUCGCUUUAUUUCGUGUCCUAAUUAUUUUUGCGAAUGGAUUGAGUGGACAGGAUACGCAAUAGCCUGUGGUCCUUCAGCUCGGCCAAUGAUCGCAUUUGUUGUUGCUGAAAUCCUGUUUAUGUUUCCAAGAGCGAGAAGCACACACAAAUGGUACCAAAAAACGUUUUCUUCGUAUCCUCCACAACGAAAAGCCGUCAUUCCCUUCGUCGCGUAGACGGAGAGGCAGCAAAAGGAAUAAUUUUCUGCGACCACUCUUGUGCGUUUUGCUUGUGCCACUUUCCUCUUAACGAUUUUUCUCUAUAAUGACCUAGUAUAUGAAUUAUGAAUGUUUACAACGUGUACGCGUUUGCAUUUAUGGACACAAUACGUAAGAGUGCGGUAAACAUAAUUAAAGAUCUUUUUCGUUCUGCACA